CCCUGCACUCAUGUUAUGAUGCAGUUCAUGGGUAGCGUACUUUUGCCCUACAUUGCCACUGGGGCUCCACCACAGGUUUUAUUUGAGCUCAGAGUUUACUGUGGACUAAUCAUCAGCUGAACGGACUCCUACCUAGUGAAUAAGAUGGCAGAGUGUGGGGCUGAAGGUGAGCUACCUCAGAGGCGCCUUGGAGUCAAGGAACAGCUAAAUGGAGAGCUGACAGGCUCAGAGCUGUCUCUGGAUGAGAGGAGACAGAGGGACAACGAUGAGCGUGCAGCUCUUGUGUUAUGGAAGAAACCUCUGCUCACACUGCAGUACUUCACUCUGGAACUGCUCAUCACCCUUAAAGAGUGGAUAUGGAGGCUCUGGCAGCAAAGACAGACUGUGUUUGGCCUGCUGAUCCUGCUUAUCCUCCUCUCCAUUGCCUACUGUAUUGAAGGAACACACCAGGAGUAUGUGCGCUACAUGGAGAAGAAGACGCUGUGGUGUGCCUACUGGGUUGGCCUGGGUAUCCUGUCCUCGGUGGGUCUUGGCACUGGCCUGCACACGUUCCUCCUUUACCUGGGACCACACAUAGCAUCAGUGACCUUGGCGGCCUAUGAAUGUGGCUCAGUGGAUUUCCCCGAGCCACCUUAUCCCGACCAAAUUGUCUGUCCCCAGCAGGAAGCACCCACACCAGGCUCUGACGCUGAGCAGGUGGGUGUGGAGGCCUCAGGGGGAGACAGGUUGGUGGGGUCAGCAGCCAUCCAGGGAAGCAUCUCUCUCUGGACCAUCAUCUCCAAAGUCCGCCUCGAAGCUUGCAUGUGGGGUGCAGGUACAGCUAUAGGAGAGCUUCCUCCCUACUUCAUGGCCCGGGCUGCGCGGCUGUCCGGCGCUGACCCUGACGACGAGGACUACCAGAGAUUUGAGGAGAUGCUUGAUCAGACCCAAUCUGCUCAGGACUUUGCCACUCGUGCAAAAGUAGCAGUGCAGAAACUCAUCCAGAGGGUCGGAUUCUUAGGGAUUUUAGCCUGUGCUUCUAUUCCAAAUCCUUUGUUUGACCUGGCAGGAAUAACAUGUGGACAUUUUUUGGUCCCCUUCUGGACCUUUUUUGGUGCGACACUCAUUGGGAAAGCCAUCAUCAAAAUGCACAUUCAGAAACUGUUUGUGAUCGUCACCUUCAGCAGGCACAUAGUGGAGCAGAUGGUCUCCCUCAUCGGAGCUGUUCCACUGCUGGGUGCGGCACUGCAGAAGCCCUUCAGGGAGUACUUGGAGGCCCAGAAGGCCAAGCUGCACCAUCACGCUGGAGAGGGGAUCCCAACUGAGGAGAGCUGGCUGUCGUGGCUCUUUGAGAAGGUUGUGGUCAUCAUGGUAUGCUUCUUUGUCUGCUCCAUUGUCAACUCCAUGGCCCAGAGCUACGCCAAGCGCAAGCAGCAGGAGAAGUACUCGGAGGGCAAGACGGAGUGAAGGCCAGCUAGCGAUCACGGCAAACCAUCAACUUCCAAAGCUCCCACCACUCCUCUACUAAUUUCUGCUCUCACUCCUGGCUGAUGCCCCACCAUUAUCUGAAGCAAAAUAUCAGCCUCCAUCUGGUUUCUCUUUUGUUAUUGUAGCAACCUGUUUAUGUUAAAACUCGGACUUCCAUUUACUUGCUUUUGAAGGCUUUGCAUUUGGUAGUGAUUUCCGUGAUUGUUCUCUGUAAGGUAGGUGCUUGUUGGGGUGCAUGUAAGUAAGCUGUUGUGUUGUUAAGUGCCUGUGUUGGUGCUUUUAGCAGCUCCUAAGCACGUGAGAAGAAGCUGCUGGCAAUAAUUCUUCUCAGUUAGGCCUUAAGCUUCACUGUUUGUUCCACUAGAAGAACUUUAAAGUCUGAAUGUCCAUAGAUGACCAUAGAGUCACUUGAAUUCAACUUACUUGAAUAAGCUAGGAUUGUUACUUUUGAUUAUGAGGUGUGUUCUGUAAAACCAGCGCACAGUAAUUUGUUCAAUAACCUGUUUAUUUAUUAUCUAUGUUUUCCAGAUUAUUAAUAAGACAUUCUGUAUUUAUGACUGUACUGUAGAGUUGCUGUGCAGUAUUGGCUUCGGUAAAUAAGACAUGUACAUUGUCUGUAAAUAAUUGUGUCCACUUAAGAGCCAUCUCAUUUCUACAUAUUGUAGAAGUCAGUCUUAGUAGAGAUGUUAAUGAAUGUGUCAUGCUGUUCAUGGUGCUUUAGAUGACCACUUCUUUUGUCUGUGCCGUAAAGCCCGUUUUGGUACUUUUGGAUGAGAAAUGAUAAAUCGGCCAUGAAUCACCCUGCUGGUCCCUUUGUCUGCCCUUAUUGUUCUGCUUCCAGGAAGAGAGCACAUGAGUCAGCCCGGGGCUACUUUACCAGAUGCAGCCAUAUAUUGAAUCAGAUCUACGGCUGUGUGUGAGACAGAGAGCGAGACGGAGAUAGUAGGUUGCGCUAGCGUGGCUGCCACAUUUGUUGCUCUCCCUUUUAUCUUUUAUGGAUUAAAGCAGAUUGUGCUCCACUAAUAGGCUAGGAGUCUGCCUGGAAGUCUUAGUAUAGCAGAUAGCUGUUCCCUUUAACUUAGAGACAGUCUGUGUCAUGGUAAGUGUUUUUCUUUGUCUUCACUUGUCCACAGAGCUUUUUUAAAAAUCCUUUUUACCCCAGAUGAGGACAGCAAGCUCAUGUUGGACAUUACAUGAUCAGCUCCUAAAACAAAACUCUGCAUUUCAUAUGAUCAGUGUUCAUGUUUUGCCUUUUUUUGCUCAUCGGAUAACGUCAGCUGGCUCUCGACACAUGCCGUACCUUCUUUUCUUUUUUUUUUUUCAUAAUUGCCAGUGAAAUGUGCUAUUUUCUUCUCCCUCUCUGUACCGCUGCUGUGCUACGCUGGACUGAGCACAGUGGGCGCUAGAGCAGGCACAAGCAGGAGGGAGAAAAAAAAACCCUCAAGCGCACAGUGAAAAGCGUCUGUGCCGUUACCUCAGCUGAACCUUCGAAUGAACUCGUUGCACUGCCCCAGUCACGGAGCCAGGAGACGAAUCACUCGAGUAGAUUCAAAACAGAGGGGUACUGUUGAGCAGGCUGAACCCUGCGCUCUGCACCAGCUCUAGUCAGAACAUUCACAUCUCCUCUUUUCUCCUGUCAUGGUAAGUCGGAUUAGGAUUCUUAUUAUUUUAUUUUUUAUUUUUUUUUAUUUUUUCAUUGUUGUCGUGUCCGUACAUGCGUACGUCUCAGGCAUGUCCGUCACUCUCUCGGCCUGUCAGAUAGCUUAUCAGACUGGUGUUGGCUGUUAAGAUUGCAAGGCGACAACAGUCUGUAGGCUGUCUGACAUUUCGGGCUCUUUCAUCUGACCAGCAUCCUGUUUUGUCCUCCUUCUGUUAUUGUCAUUGUCUCAGUUAGCAUCAGUUCCCAUUUAGAGGCGUGUGCUGCGAUGUCACUUCUCUUUAUCCCAACCGCUUGUGAAACGUCAGAGACAUGGGUCUAUUGUUUAUUUCCUCCAUGCUGACGUCUCUGAGGGUUUUUAUGUGGUUUUAUGUGGGGAACUGUGUUCUCGCAUGUUUGCAAAUGCAGAUGUAGUGAUGUCAAUAGUAUACUUCUGUACGUGUGUGUUGUGUGUGUGUGUGUGUGUGAGAGAGAGAGAGAGAGAGAGAGUUGGCCCUGUCCCCUUGAAUUUCCAGAGAAUCCUGAUAGUACACACCUUAUUGCAACACAUCACAUUGUGACAUCCUGUCCUAGGUAUGGUACACACAGUGCUCACCCAGCUCUCCCCUUCCCUUUUACACUUCCUUCUUCUCUUUUUAGUACUUUCUUCUGUUGCUCAAUACACACUUUUUUGUAGGAGGCUGCAUUUUAUUGGAACAACUCUCUUGAGGGGGUGUUUUUCUAAGGGCCACAAAUUGGUAAUUAUACAAAGCUGAAAAUCAUUGCUUGACCAGUGGAUACUUUUGCCGCAAAGCCUCAGUUUUAUUUUAGAUUCUUCUUAUUUUUUCUCUAGAACAGAGCAAAAGGGUAAAACUUUUUCCUGGUCAUAAAAGCAAAAUCAUUGGAUAACACUGGAAUGGCUCGCUGGCGUGCAGAGUGUUUUUCUUGGCAGUUUCAGGAUGUCCUGUUUCAUAAGGGAGCCCCCUUUUGGCAUGCCUGUCUGAAUGUGUGUGUGCAUGUUUGUCUAGAAAUUCUGUUUAUAUUUCUAUGUGUAACUGUCUGUAUUUCUGGUUUAAUAGGUGUCUGUACCUGGGUUAUUUAAAAUGUGUAUGCACUGUUUUCUUUCCAUCUGCUUUCACUAUAAAUAAAGUCUGCUGAAAAGAG